AUGGCUGUUCUACCGCUCAUUCAUCAUCCAAUACCGACCCUCUUGCGAGAAUUGCCCGAUCCUGCUCCCCUGCCAGCUUAUCUCUUCUUCACCUCACACUCCGGAUCAGCCACUCAAGUCUCUCCAGAGGGAAUCUUCUGCGGGUCGUGGGCGCGGCCUGGUGCACACUUUCUGAAGCAGUGGGUGCACGACACACCUGAACAGCACUUCGCGAACCAUUUCGACAAAGAUUCCCUAUAUCCCACCAUGUUCAUCUCGACCACACCGGAAUUUCUCAGGGCAGUCCAGAUUGCAGUCCGACACUAUAGAUAUGGUCGUCACGGCAUCAAGAUCACAGUCAUUGAUGUCGAAAAGGCAAGGCAGUCAUAUCACGACAUCACGAAUGCCCGUGACAUCGUGCGACGCUUGAAUUGGGAUGAGGAGGACGCAGUCAAGUUCAAGUCCGAGUGGCUGUUUCUGGGACGAGUCAAAGCUUGCGCCAUCGUACACCAGAUCGAUUUGGACGCGAGGUUUUUUGAGUUCCUUUGCCGUCUCUUUCCCACGUUCAACAACGAACUCUAUCUCCGCGAGUUGCGAUCCAAUAUUGCCAAGGACUUUUGCAUAUCUAAUCCAUACCCAUACGAGCAGCCCAACCAAGGAAAGGACGACGCCGAAAAAUGUGCUACACUGGCUAACCGGUUAGGACCUUGGAUGCGCGAGAAGGGGGAUGUCUAUGAGGUAAUAGUUCGGCAGAUCAGAAGUUGGAAAGAUGAUAUGAUGGAAGCUGAGAUCGAAGCUGAUGUCGAAUACCGGCGGGACUUCCAGGACACCUUCAACUCUUGGGUCCACCCUGUGUUUUGGUAG